AUGGACCUGUUCGAGGGGAGUGAGAACACCUACCAGCUGGGGCCGCAUGAGGGGCAGAAGUACGUGGUGGAUGAGACUCUCGAGGCGUGGCUCGGUGACAAGGAGUACGAGGCGGCGGCGGCGAGCAAGUGGACGGUCGAGCUGACGCAGGUGGUGGAGGAAGCUGUGAGGGAGAUGGAGUUUCCCAGGUACAAGAUCGUUGUUCAGGUUGUUCUGGGCGAGAACAAGGGCCAAGGCAUCAACACCGUCUCUCGCUGUCUCUGGUCCGUUGAGACCGAUGGCUGGGCCUCCUCCUCCUACAAGAACGCCUCCAUCUUCUGCACAGCCAUGGUCUUUGGCGUCUAUUUUGAGUAGCCGCCACCUUCUCUGCUCUGCGCCACCCUUUAUCACUCUGCGCCGCGCCGCACUGUCAU